GUCCGGAGCGCGAGCAUCACCGCGUCGCUCUCUCUCGUCCUCUCCAACACACCCACAGCCCCUUGGGUGCGUUUUUUUUAUACCUUGAGUGUACCUUUAAAAACGCACACCUGAUUUUUGUCUCAAGUGCCUUAUUCGAAUCGGUGCUCGAUUUCUGCUCGUUCUCUUCGGAAUUAUUCAUCAUGCACCGUUUCCGCAUCGGCUCUUCGUAAAUCGACAGGGUGCAGAGAUGGCCGCUUUUCUCUGCUCGCCGUGGCUGCUGCUGCUCCUGUUGAGCACCCCGGGCCUGCGGGCGGCCGACGCUGACUCGGAUUUCCGUUUCAUCCCCCACGAGGACCUGUUGGCUUCCGCGGACAGCUUUGACGAGCCAGGCGUGUCUUCGUACUCGGUGCUGCAUUUUGAUCUGGCCAGGAAUCAACUGCUGGUGGGAGCCAGGGACUCGUUGUUUCGGUUGUCGCUGCGCGGCCUCUCGUCGCUGGAGCGCGCCAGGUGGGAGGCGCCCGUCGAGAAGACGAUCCUGUGCCAGGACAAGGGUCAGCGGGAGCAGGACUGCCACAACUUUGUCAAGGUCCUGCAGGUCAGCGGCAAGAAGGUCUUCACCUGCGGCACCAACGCGUACUCGCCGCUCUGCUCCUGGCGGGAGGUGGACAAUUUGAACAAAGUUUUGGAAACGGUGUCCGGCACUGCCCGGUGUCCGCACUCGCCGAAUGCCAACAGCACCGCUCUGAUGACCAGAGACGGUCGCUUUUUCGCCGCCACGACGACCGAUUUUUCCGGCGCCGAUCCUGUCAUCUCCAGGAGCAUGGGUGGCAUCGAAACUUUGCGCACCAGUCAGUACAACAGCAUGUGGCUCAGCGAGCCGGACUUUGUGGGAGCCUUCGAGAACGACGAGUUUGUCUACUUCCUUUUCAGGGAAAGCGCCGUGGAAUACAUCAACUGCGGAAAGAUUAUUUACUCUCGUGUGGCCCGCGUUUGCAAAAACGACACCGGUGGCCAACUGAUGCUGAAAGACAACUGGACAACCUUCCUGAAGGCGCGCCUCAACUGUUCGGUGCCCGGCCAGUACCCCUUCUACUACAACGAGAUCCAGGGCUUCAGCUACGAUGAGCCGCAAGGGCUCGUCUACGCCACUUUCACCACGCCACAGAAUAGCAUUGCUGGUUCGGCCAUCUGUGCGUUCAACAUGACCGCGAUCAACACGGCCUUCAACGGGGCCUACAAGCACCAGGCCCACCCAGGAGCGUCUUGGGAAAGGCACAGCCCGGCCCACAGCUCGCAUGGCAAGUGUCCAACGCCAGGAGGUGGACUUCCUCGAGGCCUGGUCGACUCAAGCAAGUACCAAAUGAUGGACGAAGCCGUCAAACCCCUCACUUUGCAGCCACUGCACAUUUCCCAACCCCUGGAGCGACUCACUCGAAUCGCCACUUUCACCGUUGACACAAAACUGCACAGGGCAGUGACUGUCAUGUUCGUCGCCACCAGCGACGGGAAGAUCAAGAAACUGGGCGUUUUGCCUCGAACAAUGAGCACCUGCGUGUUGGAAGUGUGGGAACCGUUUUCGCCCAAAGUCAGAGGCUCUGCCAAAAUCAUGGAUCUGAGAUAUCUUAAAGAUACCGACUCUCUUUACGUGGCCUCGACGGAAGGAGUCCUCAGGGUGCCUGUGCAGCACUGCGCCAGGUUCCCCUCGCGCCAAGCCUGCCUGAACGCCCAAGACCCUCACUGCGGGUGGAACGAACUGAAGCUCUCCUGCACGCCUCCGCCAAACAAGGACCCUCUUGCUCUACACUGGGAGCAGAGCGUGACCAGGUGUCCGGUGCUGACUGACCCUGUAGAUGGCUCGUGGGGCAGCUGGUCUGCCUGGUCGAGCUGCGCCUACAAACAGGGCAGCGGCGACCAGUGCCUGUGCAGAAUGAGGCAGUGCAACAAUCCUGCGCCGCAACACGGAGGAAAGAAUUGCGAGGCGGGGCCAAGCAUCGAAGUGACAAACUGCACGCAACACGGCGGCUGGACGGCGUGGUCUCAGUGGUCGGCCUGCUCACAGACCUGUGGGGUGGCCGUCAAGUCGAGACGCAGGACCUGUGGCAACCCGGCACCUGCCUUCGGAGGCAGAGUUUGCGUCGGACAAGACCACAGUGAAAUUUAUUGCUCUGCCAAUCCUCCAUGCCCAGCAAAGCAAGGACCUCCUCCAAGGGAUGGGCACUGGUCGGAAUGGGGCGCUUGGUCCACCUGCAGUGCAGCAGGUUGCGGGACAGGACUUCGAACUCGAAGGCGCAAAUGCGACUCUCCAAGCCCACAGAAUGGAGGUCAAGAGUGCCCUGGUUGCGCCGAACAGAGUGAAUUGUGUAGCGGUGGCGAAAACUGCCCCGAAGUUCGGAAACUCUCCCCCUGGACACCUUGGCUGGCAAUUUCAGCAAACGCAUCAGGUGGCCCUGUGAAGGAACGUCGAUACAGGUUCCAGUGCCGCGCACCUGCAACUGAUCCCAAUCUGGUCAAACUCACUCAGGCCAAGGAGGAGGAAAGAAGCUGUAUUGGAUCUUCGUGCUCCAAACCUGGCACACCUUCAGGUGUUUCUCACGGUCAAUGGGGAUGCUGGAGUGACUGGUCUCCGUGCUCAGUGACCUGCGGCCUGGGCAUCAGGGUGAGGAGCAGACCUUGUCUCGGCGCCUCUUGCGAUGGUCCUACGACGAUGGAGGAAAGCUGUGAGGCUUCAGUCAGUUGCCACUCCCUGGCUGGCUGGCAGCCUUGGACUGAGUGGUCCCUUUGCAACGAAGAUGGCGAGCAGUACAGAAAACGGUCAUGUCUGGCCUCGAAACCCGGCCCACAGCUUUGUGUCGGCCCCAACAAGCAGACAAGGAUGUGCGUCGCAGUGCAUUUGGAGAACGAACUGAACAUCAUCCCUGACUCCAGUGCUGCCCACGUCGCCUCUCACCCUCGAGAGCAUGAUUCAGUAGGGGUGGUGCUGGGUGCAAGUACGGCCGCCUUUCUGGCCGGUCUUAUAUCGGCCACGGCGGCCGUGGCCACAAUUGUGAUUUUGAAGCGGCGGCAGCGGAUGAAGAGGAGCCCUGGCAGGGUCCCCGGCAGCCCGCACUACAUCCCAGCCAGACAAAACCCGUACGUGUCUGUACCGAUGCAAAGAGGGGUGGCCGACGGGAAAAAUGCUCUUCUGGACAACGAGGACAACACAACGCCCAAAAUCUUCAGUCCAGUCAAACCAGCCGAGUACGAGACUGCCACAAUCAAGAGGAACUCGCAUAGUUUGGCAAAUGGUCACAACCUGAGGGCGGAUCUCGACGAUCACUUCUUCUAAACGCCCAAGUGUUCAGCAUCUUUUGGACUCCUAAAUUUGAGCCCAGCAAGUGCCUUUUUUAUAUAAAUGAACAAUUUAAGUGCCUUUGAUAGUGCCCUUAUUGUUGUGCGAAAAACCAAAUUAUGGGUGCACAUCUGUAUUAAGUGACGAAACAAAAAGUUGAGGAAAUUUCAAGAGAAGCCCGAAUUCUCUCUCUGAUUGUGAUUGACUUAUCGAAGAUACAUGGCAUCGACUUCACACUUGUGCCAUAGUGCUAAAAAGACUGCAAUUUAUUAUCUCUACGUUGAUAUAUAUUUUUGGUUGCAAUAUUUUUUUCUGAUGUAUCAAACCCACCUCUCUUUGUUCUGAAAGUUCGAAAUGUACUUUUUUUUUAAACUGAACGAUAUAACUCGCACUCUUUGCGUGCCUUGUGAUAUAAUUAAUUUUUUAACACUGCUAAACUGACCAUUUUUGACAUGCCAUUUUUAUUUCAAAACAAACAUAUUUUCUCACUACAGUCCAUAUCACCUAAGUUUUCAAUAAAUCCGUUCAAAAUUAUCAUUUCCAUCCUGCUAUUAACCAAAAAUAAUAAAAUACAACAUUAAUUAUUUUUGCUUGACGCAAUUUUGCAGAUUUAUUUUCUUAUGGAAUUUUGUAUAAAAUACAUUUUAAUACUGACGAGUGGGAUGAAUGAAUGUUGGCUAGUAUUUGCGCAUUGCAUUUGUAAUGAUUGAGCAAGAGAUUUGUUUAAAUGCUGAAAUUAAAUGGAUUUGAAGAUGGAGAAACUGAUGAAAUAAAAUUAUGUUUAAUACAAAUA